AUGGGCGUUGACUCGACCAACCUUCUCGCAAACGAGGCUGUCGAGCUUUCCGAGAAUCCCGAGAUUGCCCAAACAUGGACACGACAUGGCACUUGGGCAUCCACCAAAAGCUGGUAUUCCCGAGCGGUCCUUCGCUCAGGAAAAGGCUAUAAUCGAUUGCCCGGCAAGGCUCAGGAUCCAAAUCAUUUUCAUGGAUGGCGAUUUGGGGCAUUGAUUUCAUGCAUUCUGGUCGGAAUAUGCCUCGGCCUCAACCUCGCGGCCACCAUCUAUGUUCGGCUGACGUACCCUCCAAGCGGCGAUAACCUGGGAAUCAUGCAGGAGAGCGAUUGCGACCAUAUUCACAGUCUGGACAGCAGGCUGCACUACGCCCUGAAUGUGAUUGCGACCGUGCUGGUUGGUGCGAGCAACUACAACAUGCAAUGUUUGACGGCUCCGACGCGACGCCAGGUGGACCAAGCCCACGCUCAGCGCAAAUGGUUGGAUAUCGGCGUCCAUUCAAUGCGCAAUCUAUCUUUCAUUGGGAAGGCCAAGUUGGCGUUGUGGCUGGCUCUCCUAGUGAGCACUCUCCCUUUGCACCUCCUGUGGAACUCGGCCGUAGUGAUGACAACCACCUUCAACGACUACAGCGGACUCGUUGUCACUCGGGAAUUUUUGGAAAGCCGCAGUGACAUUGGCCUGGAUUGUACCAGUGAAGCGAUGGAAAAAUACCGACAGUCCGAGUUUUCCAGCUAUGUCACUUGCUGGUUGUUUGAUCAAGCCCGGAACAACCGCAGCAGCCUGACGCAGAUGGAUCCCAGUCGUUGCAUCUCCACCUAUACAGCCGGUUUAGAGGGACGGUCGUUCAAUAUGCUGGCUGUUACCAGGCAGAGUGAUGCGUGGAAUCAGUCUAAGAUCUUCCCGCCUCCGAGUAAUACGACUCUGCCUGUGCUGGCGUAUUUCCAUCCCCUGGACUAUCCGGAUCAGAUUGAGAAAUGGUGUAGUGGACUGUGCAAGCAAUGGGGAAAGGAUAAUGAUAGCCCAAGGUACUGCUUUGAUGAGAACUGGGAUGAAGCAUCGGUUCCAUUUGCCUGCCAGGAGCAUAAGGUGAACGGGACAGGUUGGGCGCCCAAUGCGCUCACACAAACGAGCGACUGGAUGUGCCACCCCGAUGCCAUCUUAUAUGGCCAAUGCAGCGGCUCUGCGGCAACGAGGAAUGCCACAAAAUGGGCCAUUCUACCAGAGCAUUAUGAGAUCGACCAUUGCCUGGUAACGGAGUCAAGUCAUACCUGCCAGCUGCUGUACAGCCCGAUUAUCCUAUACAUUGCGAUUGCGUGCAAUGCUCUGAAAUUCAGUUCCAUUCUUUUAUGUCUUCUUGUCUCUCGCGAACCGACUCUCGCAACUAUCGGCGAUGCAUUGGACUCUUUCUUAAGGUCCCCCGAUAUGGUCUCCAAGGGGCAAUGCCUCCUCUCCAAAAUGGAUGACACGAUAUUCCCCGACCCAAGCGACAUUGAUCCUGCGUGGGCACAACGUUGGCAGCACGGCGAAGGUUGGCUAGGGCGGUGUUAUCAAGGUACAUCCGUGAGGCGCUGGGGAGCAUGCAUCCUCUUGUGGCUCGCCAGCAUUAUCGUAGGCCUUGUUUUUCUCUUUAAAGGUAUCAACCUUGUCGGGGCGCGGAACGCGUUCACGACGGGAUUUGGCGCACUUAGUUUAAAUGCCAUCGUCAACACGUCCGGCUACCGAGGAGGUACGGCCGCGUCCAUUGUCACCACGUCGAUCGUAGCGAACCUCCCACAACUGCUACUCUCGGGAUUGUACUUUAUGUACAAUGCUGUGCUCACGGGCAUGGCAUCCGCCUAUGAGUGGAGUAUGUUCGCCUACCAGCAGACCACACUUCGGGUGACCCUUCCCUGGGGAGCCCAGAGAGAAACGUAUUGGUUACAGCUUCCGUGGAGAUACUCUCUGCCACUCCUCGCCUGUAGUACCAUUAUACAUUGGCUGAUCUCGCAGUCAAUCUUUCUCAUCAAUCUGAAAAUCUACCAACCCAACAAUGAGCUCUUGACACGGCCCAACACCCACUUCCCUAGUGCAAGUGAUAGUGGCAUUAUCACGGCCUGCGGAUACAGCCCACUCGCUAUCGUCACGGCGCUCGCCGUGGCAGUUCUUAUGUUUGCCGUACUUACCACAGUCAGCACCUUCAAGCUGAAGCCGGGCAUCCCGGUGAUCGGCAGUUGCAGUGUUGCCAUAAGCGCUGCGUGUCAUCCCCCAGAAGAGGAUUCCGAUGCGGCCGGAAAGCCUCUAUCCUGGGGUGCGGUGCGGCAUCAGGAGGGCGAUCAGCCGGGACAUUGCUGUUUGACUUCGCAGACUGUCGAGAAACCACGAUAUGGCGAGUUGUAUGCGGGAUAG